AUGGCCCAGGCGGGGGGACCCGUCCGCUUCCACCCCGAGGAGGGCUGCUCCGCCUCGCCCCCCGCCUUCGCCCGCGGGGUGUCCCGGAGGCCUUGGCUGUCGGGGGGCAGCCCCGAGGCGGGGAGACACAGCCCCCCGCGAUGCCUCACCCCCAACCUCAACGCGGGCCGCCUCCACCUCCUGCGCAAAGGCUUGGCCCCCGACGUCCGCCGCUGCCCCCUCGGCCUCUAUAACAGCACGGGCUCCUUGGCCCGGCCGCCGCUGGACCCGGCGGCUUUCGGUGACGGGAGCUGCCCGGGUGCGGGACGCUCGACGGCUCCCUGCACCCCGCGGCGGGGCGGGCCCGGACCUGCCCUCUGCUCGCCGGGCAGCCGGAGCCCGCUGGUGGCCCCGGAGGGACGGAGCUCCAUCGUCACCUUCCGCUUCAUCGAGAAGGCCAGCGUCAGGACCCUGAGCGGCCUCCCGGCCUCCCGGCCCCGCUGGGACGACGGCCCCCACAGCCUCAGCCGCAGCCUGGAGCUCUCCGGGGACGCGGGGUCCCCCCCGCCCCAACCCCUGCCCCAGGAUCGGCUCUUGCACAGCCUGAAGCUGGAGAGCUCCGUGUCUGACCCGCUCCUGGCCGGGGGCAGGACCCCAGGAGGGCCACGGCCCUGCGGGAAGGAGCCCUGCGCCCUCGACGCCGGCUGCCUCUGCCGCUCCCUCACCAACGGGCUACCGGGGGAUUUCCCCACCUUGGCCAGGAGCCCCCCGAAGCCAGAACCCCAACCUCAGGGCAGCUCAUGGCUAUACCCCCGGCAGAGCUCAGCCCAUGCCCAGCGAGUCGCCAAGGCCAAGUGGGAGUUCUUCUAUGGCUCCUCAGAUGCCCCAAAGACAGGCUCCUGUGCCCCCGACUCUGCCCCCCUGGCCCAGCCUCCCCAGAAGCCAGCCCGCCUGCUGCCUGCAGAGCACAGCCUGAGCCACGUCGAGGUGGAGAUAGAGCUGUCUCCCCCGGGCAGCCAGAAGCUCAGCUCCUGCGAGACUGGGAUCAUCAGGAGGACGGUGAAGUACUCUGAGACAGACCUGGACACCGUGCCGCUGCGCUGCUACCGCGAAACCAACAUCGACGACAUCCUGGCUGAGAAGGAGGAGGUGGAUUCAGCCAUCGAGAGCCAGAAGGACAGUGAGAGCAACCCGAGCUUCGGGGGCACCCCGGGCAGGAGGAACAGCACUCCAGAGGAGCCCCCUGCCCUGGGCUCUGGCUUCCCAAAGGAGGGGCUGCGGGAUGGGGAUGCGGAUGAAGACAGUGAGGUGUUUGAGACGACGAGGAAGGAGAACAGGGAAAGGAUCCUGGACCAGGACACACAGGGGAUGCUCAAGUCUCCAGUGCCCUUCCUCCUGGGGCACAGCCUCUCCAAGGAUGGCAUGGACUCCUUCAGCAAGCAUUUUGAGAGCAUCAUGGAGUCCCAUCGAGCCAAAGGCACAUCUUACACCAGCCUGGACUCCAUUGACAUCCUCUCCUCCCCGGCCCCCACCCAGGGGACCUUUUUCACUUUUGACCUCCCGACCCUCACCCCAGAAAUACAAGGAAAGAUCCGAGACAGCGCCAAGCUGAUCGAGGAGAACUUUGCUCCCCUGGCUCACCUGGAGCCUGACUCUGGGACCAGUUCAGCCACAGAUGCCCCCUGGACAGAGAGGGAGGAGGAGAGGGGGAAACGAAAGAAAGGUGCUUGGCACAGCCCCUGCUGCUCAGAGGAGAGCUGUGCUACUCCCAACAUCAGCAACCACCCCCAGAGCCACGCGGUGCUGGACUCGGACUCAGAGCUGGACAGCGUGGAGCAGCUGGCCCUGGGCAGCACUGAUACCCUCUCCAAUGGCCACAAGGCUGACCUGGAGGCUGCCAAGCGCCUGGCCAAGAGGCUCUACAACCUGGAUGGCUUUAAAAAGGCAGAUGUGGCCCGUCACUUAGGGAAGAACAACGAGUUCAGCAAGAUGGUGGCAGGGGAGUAUUUGAAGUUCUUUGUGUUCACAGGGAUGAGCCUGGACCAGGCUCUCAGGUCCUUUCUGAAGGAGCUGGCCCUGAUGGGAGAGACACAGGAGCGAGAGCGAGUGCUGGCUCAUUUUUCCCAGCGUUAUUACGAGUGCAAUCCCACUGCCAUCUCCUCAGAGGAUGGAGCCCACACCCUCACCUGUGCCCUGAUGCUGCUGAACACAGAUCUGCAUGGACACAACAUUGGGAAGAGGAUGUCCUGCUCUGACUUCAUUUGCAACCUGGAGGGGCUCAACGGAGGCACUGACUUCCCCAAGGAGCUGCUCAAGGCUCUCUAUGGCUCCAUCAAGAACGAGAAGCUGCAGUGGGCCAUAGAUGAGGAGGAGCUGAGGAAGUCCCUCUCGGAGCUGGCAGACCCCAACCCAAAGUCCAUCAAGCGCAUCAGCAGCUGCAGUAACCCCUUUCUGGACUUCUCCCAGGAUUCCAGCAUUGCCACCUACAAGCACGGACUGUUAGUGCGCAAGAUCCACGCCGAUCCCGACUGCAAGAAAACACCCCGAGGGAAGCGGGGCUGGAAGCCCUUCCACGCCAUCCUGAAGGGGAUGAUUCUCUACCUGCAGAAGGAGGAGUACAAGCCAGGGAAGGCACUGGCAGAGGAGGAGCUGAAGAAUGCCAUCAGCAUCCACCACUCGCUGGCCACACAGGCAUCUGACUACAGCAAGAGACCCAACGUCUUCUACCUCAGGACAGCUGACUGGAGGGUCUUCCUCUUCCAAGCACAGAACCCUGAGCAGAUGCACUCGUGGAUCACGCGCAUCAACGUGGUUGCAGCCAUGUUCUCUGCUCCCCCUUUCCCCGCUGCCAUCGGCUCCCAGAAGAAGUUCAGCCGCCCGCUGCUGCCCAGCUCCUGCACCAGGCUGUCCCAGGAGGAGCAGGUGAAGAGCCACGAGACCAAGUUCAAGUCGAUGUCAGCAGAGCUGCUGGAGCAUCGCUCCUCGCUGCCUGAGAAGAAGGUGAAGGGCAAGGAGUAUGAGGAGCUGAAGCAGAAGGAGGAAUACCUGGAGUUUGAGAAAUCCCGCUACGGCACCUACGCCAUGCUGCUGCGGGCCAAGCUCAAGGCUGGUUCCGAGGACCUGGCAGCCUUUGAGUCCACCCUCUUCGAGGCGGCUGGAGGGGAGGAUGAGGGCCUGAAGAAAUCCCACUCCAGCCCCUCCCUCAACGCAGAGCCCCCCAGCACGGCCACCAAAGUGAAGCGCAACGUCUCGGAGCGCGCCGGCCGCCAGCCCCCCGCACAGCCCCAGAAGGCGUGAGCAGGGGCAGCAUUCCCUGCUGCAGCUCCGUUCCUGCCCCCCUGGAGCCCGGGAUGGGGCCACCAGACCCUGCAUGAGCCCCUCCUUCUGCGGCAGGAGUUGGGGGGCUGAGAGCUCUUCCCCCCCAAGCCCAUCCAGGCAGGGCUGCAGCCCCUCCGGCUCAGAGCGGGACGGUCCUUGCCGGUGGGAGCUGCCUGCACGGCUGGGACACAGCAGGACUUUGUCCAGACCCUCCUUGUGCUGUGCUUGGCUGCAGGACCCUGUCCCCCUACCCUGGGGACAAGCCAUGGGGCUCCAUCCUCCAGUGGUUUAAGAAAAAAAAAAAAAAAAAGAGAGAGAGAGACAAAAAUGCAGCAAAGCGAAGGCAGCAGCCGCUUCUCCUCCAGCUCUGUCAUGCCAUGGGGGGGGCACGUGGGAAGGGGACAGCUCUGACCUGUC